CAGUUUCAUUUCUUCAGAAGCAGCACCUGCGUUAUUCAGAUGGGAUUUCCAUUCACAAUGGCAGCAGCAGCUCAUCUGCCUCUGUUUCUUGAUCGGUGCACCUGCUCGCUGUGUAAGGAGGUCCUGAAGGAGCCGGUCACCAUCCCGUGUGGACACAGCUACUGCAUGGGCUGUAUUAAUGAUUGCUGGAACCAGACGGAUAACGAGGGGGGCUACAGCUGUCCUCAGUGCUGGAGAACAUUUAUUGUGAAGCCAGAGCUGAACAGAAACGCUGUGUUUGCAGAACUAAUAGAGAACGUGAAGGAGGUGACCACUAAUGGUGGCACAUUUCAGAGUUACGCCGGACCUGCUGAUGUGCUCUGUGACGUUUGUCCAGGUAGAAAACGGAAAGCUUCAAAGACCUGCCUGACCUGCAUGGUCUCCUACUGUGAGACUCACAUGCUGCCCCACAGGGAGUUUCCGGCCUACAAGAGACACAAAGUAGAAAAGGAGGCUGGAAAUCUUGAAGAGAAACUCUGCGCAAAACACCACAGAGUUCUGGAGAUCUUCUGUAGGACCAACAAGAGCUGCAUCUGCUUACUGUGUGCUGCGACCGAACACAAGUACCACGAAACGGUGACAGCUGAGGAGGAGAGAGCUGGGAGACAGAACCACUUGCAAUACACAAAGCACGGAGUAGAAAAGAAAAUUGAGAAGAAAGAGAAGAAACUGGAGGAGAUAAAAGAGACGGGGUUGAGGGUUCAGAGAUCUGCAGAGAGAGAAGUGCAGGAAUACGAGAAGACCUUUGAGUCUUUAAUGCGGCUGAAAUCAGAAAUCACCAACCUGAUUAGAGAUUACGAGUUGAAGGAACUGAGUAAGACUGAAGUGCUCGUCCAGGGAUUAGUGAAAGAAAUUGAGGUGCUAAAGUGGAGACGCGCCGAGAUGGUCGAGCUUUUACAGACAGAUGACCACAUCCACUUCCUCCAGAAAUUCUCAUCUCUCUGUGCCCCUGUGGAAGAUGGAGCUGCACCCACCAUCACGGUUAACACCGACGUUCUUCCUGAGACAAUGAAGAAGAACCUGUGUGAUCUGAAGAAACAUCUGGAGGAGAUGAGCAGCUGGGUGUGUGUAAAGACCCCUGAGAUGGGUGGGCUGGGUGUCCCUAAGUGAGAGACCAUGAGGUGACAGAAGCAGUGGUCCUGCUCAUUCUGCACACUUGAGACUCCCAAGGUGUUGAGCCUCCAGUUUGUAAAAUCUGAGGAGUAGAAAAGGAAUUUUAAAAUGUGUUAUGUUGUGUUAUGUGUUAAGCUUGAUAAAACAAAAUGUCAAGG